AGAAGAGCGAACGUCGGUCUCGCGCGGAAUUCGUCUUCGUCGCUUUUUCAUUGUUCGCGGGAAACUGAGCAUUUCUGAAUGAAACACCUAUCCGGCAGGAGCUAUGACUCUUUUUCACCAUGUUGUUGAUCGAGGCGUUAUUAAAAGGAGAUGUAAUGGUCAGCGUCGACACUACCCGCUGUCCUCUCUGCUGGACGGGUACCAGUGCGCUCGACAGGACGAGCACAUUUCAUACGGAGCCUCGGCUGCUGCUGUGCCACCCUUUGGAUGCACAUUUUCCUCUGCUCCUGGUCAGCAGAACAGCCUUGGUGUUGCAAAUGAGGAAGGGAUUGUGACCAUCUUCACUACUGGAGAAAAACAGAGCUCUGUGCUGAAAGAGUGGCAGGCACAUGAUAAUGCAGUUUUUGAUAUUGCUUGGGUUCCUGGUGCAAACAGCUUGGUAACCGCGUCUGGCGACCAAACGGCCCGUCUGUGGGAUGUUAUUACUGGUGACCUGCUAGGAACAUUUAAAGGACAUCAGUGCAGUCUUAAAUCAGUGGCUUUUUCCAAGCAAGAGAGAGCUGUUUUUAGCACUGGAGGCAGAGAUGGGAACAUAAUGAUUUGGGACACGAGAUGCAGUAAAAAAGAUGGUUUCUACAGGCAGGUAAAACAGAUCAGUGGUGCCCAUAUGAAACCUGAAAAAUACACGCCUCAAACGAAGAAAAGGCGUGGGAUGGCGCCCCCUGUGGACUCCCAGCAGGGUGUGACGGUGGUUUUGUUCUGCGACGAGAACAAACUCAUCUCCUCAGGAGCAGUAGAUGGGAUCAUUAAAAUGUGGGAUUUGCGGAAGAACUACACUGCAUACUACCACAACCCCCUCCCUCUACAGGCCUAUCCUUACCCGGGCUCCUGCACACGCAAACUUGGUUAUUCUGGUCUGUCACUGGACUCCACUGGCUCCAGACUGUUCUCCAACUGCACAGAUGACAAUAUCUACAUGUUCAACAUCAGUGGUUUGAAAACAACUCCAGUUGCUGUGUUCAGUGGUCACAGUAACUCCUCAUUUUAUGUGAAGUCCAGUGUCAGCCCAGAUGACCAGUUCCUGGCCAGUGGUUCAAGUGACCAUCAUGCUUAUAUAUGGAAGAUUUCAGACCCGAAACAAGCUCCCAUGAUGCUUCAAGGCCAUAGUCAGGAAGUCACAUCAGUGGCCUGGUGCCCCACCGAUUUCACCAAGAUUGCUUCCUGCUCUGAUGACAACACUGUUAGGAUCUGGCGCUUGAAUCGCAGACCAGACGGAGAAAACUCAUCGAACCGAGAUCCAAACCUCGUAGGCUGGACACUUCGUAAAAUCCAGUCACCACCCAGAGCACCUGGCCCUUACAGCCCUGUUGAAGUCACUCCAGCCAAAGGUCCCGGAUCUGAGAGGGCCGUCUCUCUGGCUUCACCCCAGCCUGCUGCUUGCGCCCCUACGGGUGCUGAUUUGCCUCUGCCAUCAAACACAUCUGCACCUUCGGCUAAGGUCAGCAGCCCCAGAAUGCCCUCGUCCAUCCAGCAGUGGAUCAGCCGUGGUACAUCUCCUCUUCAUAAGGUGCUCACACCUGUCCUCCAGGGCCCUUCCUCUGAACGCCGCGCAAAGCGGAGACUGGAAACAGGUGAUGGGUCUGGUUUGGGAGAGGAGAGUGACGGGGUGUCUGAACUGUAUCCCGACGUAAAGAGGAGCAGGAUUUCAGUAAGCACACAGAACGAGAAAGGUGAUCUAUUCAGUUUGCAAACAGAGGAGAGGCUCAGCUCGGCUGGACAAGCUGGCACUGGCAAAGAGAACAGCUCUCCGAGGACGACUGAUUGGCUUUCUGUGAUCAGCCAGAGAUUUAAAGGAUCAGCUCAACCAAAAAGCCCCAAUGGCAGCAGCAAACGGCACGAUGCAAGAACACACAGCUCUCCAGUAGCAGUCUCUCCAUGUCCAGUAAGAGUCAUCUCUCCACCGCCAACCAAGAAAGCAUCACCAUCCAGACCCAUGAAAAAAAUCUCUUGCUACUUUGUGAAAAGAACCCAAGACUGAUCAAUGUUUGGCGAGAGAUUGGUGUCUGUCUCAUUAUGACACAUCUAUGGGUUAAGUUCAGGUCCAGUUUUUUGAGACCAAGCUUAUGUAUUUAUGUAUGUGGUGUGUGUGUGUGUGUGUAUAUAUGUAUUUUUUUUUAUCAAAUUGUUUUUAAAUAUGUAUAAGUUUCAAAAAGGGUCAUAUUGAUGAUCGUUUUGGUAAACGCUACAAAAGUCAUUCGACAACGCAAUUAAACUCUACAAGUUUUCUGAA